AUGGCUUCAGCCGAUCUCCUCCAGAUGUAUCGGCAGGUUCGAGAGGAGGUUGCUGAGGCAGCGGCCACGAAGCUACCGAGGGAGUCUUUCUCCACACAAAAGGGCUUUACAUGGGCAGAUGUGCUGAGGAGCGUGGAUUGCGACACUGAAGACAAGCAAGCCGUGUGCGUUGUCUCCACUAUGGCCACCAUAGUGACAUCCCAGGUGGUCACAAAAGAGGACACAUGCGACUUCAUUGUGCGAGUCAGAGAGCCCGGCGGUGAAGAGGGUGCGCCAAUCAUCAUCGGCGUGGUUAGUGAUGUUCCCAGCGGUUUCCAAUAUCUGCCAAUCGGCCACCCAAAGCUUCCGAAUUCGAUCGGCAUAUGCGCCUACCCCGGUGGAGGUCAGAAGGUGCAUGAUGGAAAGACUCAAGGAUCCGUUCCAGGCAUCAAGAGCGGGGACACACUGAAAAUCCAAGUGCAGCGCGGGUCCAAUGUAUCCAUUUGGCAUGGGUCGACCCAGGUGCUUGGAUUUCAGGUGGUUGGCGAUGGCGCCUUCCGGUGUGCGGCCAGUCUCUCCAGCAAGGGGCAGCAUGUCGAGAUCCUGGACCGACAGGGUCAAGACGCAUCAGCGGCCGCCUUGAGGCAACUGAUGGAAGCCGAUCCAGCAGCUGCUGCGCUGAUGGCUGGCUUGGCUGGCUUGAUGGGGCAACCCGGUGAUGACGCUGCUUCCAGGCUGCCUGUUGAGAAAUACUCACAGUCGAAAGGUUUCACUUUUGUGGAUGCGCUGCAGAGUGUUGACUGCGACGCUCGCGACAAAGUGGCGACAUGUACAAUCAGCAGGACCGCAACGAUGGUGACAUCGCAAGUUCUCACCAACGAAGACCACUGUGACUUUCUUCUUCGGGUGGUGCGUGCGGGUGGUGAUGCUGAUGGACCCCUUGUUUUUGGCGUUGUGGAUGACGUUCCCACGGGCUUCGGCAUUCGCCCUGUAGGGGACCGUGCCUUUCAGCCAUCCAUUGGGGCAUGCUGCGCCAGAGAUGCUGGCUUCAUCAUCACUGGCGGGGAGAAGAAGGGCAGCUUUCCAGGUGUUCGCGACGGCGAGCUGGUGAAAGUUUGUGUCAGUCCCGGCAGCAAGGUGAGCCUGCUCAAGGGUGAUGAUUCAUUCAGCUUCACGGUUGGUGGGAAUGGGAAGUUCCGCAUUGGUGUCACGUUCACAAGCAAGGGCCAGCAAGCUGAAAUUGUGGAUGUUCCUGUAGCCGGCGGUGAGAAGGCCAUGAAGGUUGGAUAUGUGAUUGACAUGCCCACUCUCAAUGACCCUCGGCUAGAGAGCAUGCGAACCAAGUUCAGCAGGGAGGCUAUGGCCGACUGUUGCAACCAAGUUGCCACGGUGGUGAAGGUGAGUAAGCGGUGCGUUCGCACUUCAAUCAAUGGCAAGGAGUUUUGGUGGGAUAUCGAGCUGUUCCCUAGCACGGUCCGCCGGUGUUGCCAUGAGGGAUGCGAUCUGUCAGAGAUGGUGACAAGCAAAGCCGGCCAUUGUUGCGACGUGUGCUUGGUGCGUAUACCAGAUGGAGCACACAUAAAGCGCUGCAACAAGCAUGACUAUGAUGUGUGCAGAUACUGCCAGGGUUUGAUAGACACCCCGGAGGUAGGAUCCAAGGUCAUCCGUGGGCCAAGUUGGAAGUGGAUGGACCAGGAUGGCACGGCGUACAAUGAAGGAGUGUGCACGAGCUUGCUCGAGGAGUGUGAUGGCUGGAUAGCUGUGAAGUGGGCUGGUGACACUGAUGAGUCUUCCUACAGGUAUCGUGUGUCCACCUACUACCAGGAUGUAUGGCCAGCCAAGAGAAAUGGACUUGUGGGUCAGACCCCUGUCCAAGAGCCCAAGGAAUCGGACUCCGGGGAGCUGCGCAGGAAGCUGCUGAGUAUGCUGAAGGAUGUGGCGGAUGCGCUCCCAAAGGCCAGUCUUCCUUCCGAUGUUUAUUCGGCUCCUUCUGGCUUCACUUUUGCAGCGGGCCACGUUCCGGAAGUUACGCUUGAGAAAGGCAAGAAGGACGCUCGCGCGGAGCGAGAGAACCCACUUCAUUGGGCAUCCUUGGUCACAGAGCAAGUUGUGGAAUCAUCGACCAGUGCUCCUGCUGUGUUUACUUUGCAGAUCAAGGCUUUGCCCCUGGCAGCAAAAGGCAUCUUCGCAUGGGGCCUUUGCACAGAAGCAGCAAUGAAUUUUCAGAGGCACCUUCCCGGGGCAUCACAGUUCAAGGGUUCCAUUGGCUGUGUUGUCACGCCUGCCGGCCAAGCAAUACUCCACGAGGACGAUAUCAAGGGCAAGUUUGGGGAGGUAUCUGUUGGAGACGUGGUUGGAGCACGCGUGCACAAUGGCAAGUGUGAGUUCCUUCAUCAGGGCCGCGUGAUCCAUGCUGUUGGUAUUGGAGGCCGCUUCCGGUUUGCCGUGUGUUUGGGUGCUGUUGGCCAGCACGUCUGCAUCAUCCAGGGCGAUCCAGGUCGGAACGGUGGUUCGAUUCCUCUCGGCUUGCUUGACAGCAAGAUGGCGAAGAUCGUUCCGACCGUGGACCUCGGGCCGAAUGGACUCCGAUACAGCGAGCAAGACAAGCUUGGUGAAGGUGGGUUCGGAGUUGUAUUCCGCGGAAAUCUCUGGGGGACCGACGUUGUGGUCAAGAAGAUGCGCCAGGAAGCCAUGAGUCAAGAGCUUGAGCAGAACUUCGAGAAGGAAGUUCAAGCUUUGGCAGCCUUGCGACACAACAACCUGGUCACCUUCAUGGCCAUCAACGUUGCGCAGCUCUUGAUCGUCACAGAGUUCUGCGAGCUUGGGGACCUCAAGAAGUAUCUCACCCAGGGCAGCGGCGUGAGCUGUUCCGUGAAUGAUCGCCGGCUUCUGAUGCUGGAUGUGUCCAAGGGCAUGGCUUUCAUCGCUGGCCGCGGCAUGGUGCAUCGCGACCUCAAGCCAGAGAACGUGCUGAUCUCCAACCCUGGGCCUGUGGCGAAAGUCGGAGACUUUGGCUUGGUCUUAGCUCUUGCGCAAUGCAGCAGUGAGAGUGGAGCUGCAGGGACGAUGCUCUACAUGGCGCCAGAGGCCUUCCUUGGGGAGGUGAGCGAGAAGAGUGAUGUCUAUUCAUUCAGCUUGGUCCUGGGAUUCACCUUCGGCAUCAAAGAGCUUGACUUGGAACUCUUUACGGGCAUGAUGCCCAGGAUGCUGCUUGCUCAACUCAUGCAAGAUGCAGGGCCUGUCCACCAGCUCAUCAUCGAACGAAUCCGCGAUGGCAAGCGUCCACAGAUUCCGCAGACCAUGCCCAAACAAAUCGCAGCCUUGGUUGCCGCUGCAUGGGACCCCGAUGUCGCCAACCGCCCAACCUUCGUCUCCAUCUGCGAGUUGCUGACCCAGCCACUUGCGGACUCCAUUCCCUCGCAGGCCGUUGCACGUCCAGUCACUCCUCCAGUCAUCCAGAUCGUCACAGAAGAGGCAGCAGCAGGAAGGAGUGCAGAGGGAAGGAAUCGGAUCGCAGAUGGAGCUUCGAAAGAGGAAGGGGCUGCUUGCUGUUGUACUGCGAUGUGA